AAUUCACCGAAGGUUGUUUACUGGUUAUAUUGUGGUGUUACUACAUAAAAUUUGUAUACCUAUUUUUGGAUAUCUUUAACUUAAUCGAAUGUUUAACUCCACGUCAAAAAACUUUUUAAAGCCGGUAAGUCUCGCAGUAACCCAAACCAGAGACGCCAUGAUCAAUCUUGCUCCAGUAUCUGAUUUAGACCCACAAAUCUCUUUAGAAUCUCCUUUAGAAGAUUAUGAGCGACUUAUGAAUACAAAUGUUCAAUCAGAAGAUAUAGAGGAUGACGAUGUGAUGCGGAGUAACUACAUAAAAAUAUCUAAAGCUGCACGCGAUAUUAUUUGGCAGUUGCUUUUUGGGUCUCGCUCCGUGACGAAAGAUGAACAAACUAAAAUUGCAGACUUCAUGAGUAAAGUGAAGGAGGAUGCAUGUUUUCAAGACCCAUUUGCUUAUAAUGAAUGGAUUAAUGGUGUACGUGAUGAGCUGUUGAAGCGGCAGAUGCUUGACUUUUGGCGGGAACAUGUGGUAGAAAAGGAAUUAGGCCCAUGCUGGGCUAGAGAUUCGGACUAUUUUGAUGACAUGGAAGAUCCCGCGCCAACUGCUUUCUACAAUUAUGCUGGUUGUGUUGCUCCAUUUGGACAAGUAACCGGGGAAAGGCAUAAUUCAGCAAUCGCGGAAUUACCACAAUCUGCGAUUGGACAUCGUUUAAAUCUUGAAGCAGAUUUUGAAGCUAACAUUUCAACUGAUACACCAGCGGAAGACUACGAUAAUUUAAUCAAUAUAAAAGUGCGAGCAGAACAGCUCGUCGAAGAUGACGUUAUCACUCGCAACUUCAAUAAAAUUGCCAUUGUUGCCCGUGAUGCUGUUUGGAAGCUUCUGUUUUCAGAUCAACCUGCUUCCGUCGAAAAUCAAAUAAAAGCUGGAGACUUACUUUAUAAGUUAAAAGCUGAUGCGUGCUUUUAUGAUCCUUGGUCUUACAAUAAAUGGAUAAACUCGGUUCGCGACGAGCUGCUUAAGCGCGGGAUGCUAGAUUUUUGGCGUGAUCAGAUAGUAGCUAAAGAAUUAGGACCUUGCUGGGCGAGGGAUUCAGACUUUUUUGACGAUAUGGACGACACAGAGCCAGCAGAUUUUUACAAUCGCGCUGGUUGUGUGGCUACGUUCAGCAAGGCUGAUAAUUAUAAGUUGACAUCAAAAGGGUGAACCGAGCCACUUAAUCACUUUGAGGAAGGAGUCAUAAUUCUUAUGCAGUUCGUUCCUGACGAAUCAAGAAGUGCAAGAGCCCCUUUAUAUAAUUUCAAGACGAGCUUAAACGAAAUGCAAACAACAGACAUUGGACCAUUUGUUUUAAAGACGAGCUUAAACGAAAUGCAAAACAACGAACAUUGAACUUUUUUUUUAAUGGCGGUCCGUCUCAAGUUGGAUUUACAUUAUAUAUUAUUUUUAACCUACUUCACAAAAAGGAGAAGGUGAUCAAUUCGUCGGAAUACUUUUUAUUUUUUUAAUUUAUGUUACCGCAUAAUUUAGGACCUAGUUAACCGAUUACUAUAAUUAUUAUAUUUUUUUUUAAGGAAAUGUUUUACCUCACAGGUGGUCCCUUAUUAAUUUGGUUUAAAUCCGAUAAUCGGAUAAUGAAGAAAUUAACGAUAAUCUUAAAUUUUUACAUGAGAAUUGAAGUCGGUUUUGUUGUUUGCUUAACAAUUGCUUGUUAAGAUAUUUUUGAUGAUUUUCGUUUUUAUAAAUGGUUCAUUUUAAAUCCGUUAUAUCUUUUACAUCAUAAUUAUAAUAACUAAGAUAUAAAUGCCUCACUUUAUGCUUCAUUCUGAAUUGAGGUCCUUUCUUUUUCAAUAAAUUGUACCCUGUUUAUACCGGGUUUCGCUCUGCGUCCAA